AUGGACGAAGCAGGCCUUGAUCUGGUAUCGGAAAACUCACUGAGUGCAUCAAGAAAAACACUAACAACCUUUCCAUUUUCUAAAGCUUCAUGCAUUUGCAACUGUGGAAAAUAUGAUAUUAAAAAUAUCCCACGAUUAUUAAGAAUACUUCCUGAAGAGUAUGAGUACAAGUUGUGUGAAUACCUGCAGCUUGACAGAGAGGAUAAAUUUCUUGCAACACUGCGCAUGACUCUGUCUACAAAGGAGGAGGCCUUAGAGUGGAAACGCUUGUUUGAAGAAAAGUCUCUGACCACUCAUGUCAAAGAUAAAACCUUUCCAAAAGUUGAAAGAGUUAGUGUAUUUAAGGCACAGUACAGAUGCCAGUUUUUUGAUCGUAGGAAAAGUAAGAAGUCAAUCCCAAGGAAGUCAAAGUUCCGUGAUUGUCACAGUAUUUUGUUUAUCAACAUUAAAAAAUAUUUCAAGAAAACUAUUGACCACCACAUGCCAACGUAUAAAACUGUGGUGCGACUCUUUUACACGCAUGACCACCCGCUAGACACAGCUGAUGUCUUAAAGAAACGCAAGCUAAAUGAGGGCAUUAAAGAAAGGUUUCUGGAGAUGUUCCGCCAGGGGAUGAAACCCAAGGAUGCUCUGGACAAACACAAGCAUGAGUUACUCAAGAGCCUGGGCCCAGAGAAAUACAGACAAGUGCUCUGUGAUGGCUACUUCGUUCCCAAUGUGCCAAAAGCCUACAGGUUGUACUAUCAGAUUCAUGGCAAAGGUGUGUCAGCCAAAACAAGUACGAAAAGGUCUUCCAGGCAUAAUCCUAAUCCAGAUUGGAUUGCCUUUCAGGAUAUACCUGAAGGAACAGUUGAAGAUGAGGACAAUGAGAGUGGAGAAGAUGACAACGUUGAAGUGAAUGUUAAAGCAGUAAAUAAAACAAUUCAUGAAGGGAAAGACCAGCUUGACAUUGCCUGUAAUGGUACACUUUCACAGUCAGUCAGCUCAGCAGGGGCCGCACCAGAAAGUCUAGAGUCACAGGCUCGCUCCGUGUGUGGUUCCCACACCUCACAACCAGAAGGUCUUGAGCUGCCGACCCUCCCUGUAUGUAAUCCCCAGACUUCACAUUCAGAAAACUUUGGGUUGCAGACCUUUCCUGUAUGUCAACCCCAAACCUCUGAAUGUUCAGCAGAAAAUCUAGAGCCAGCUAUGCUGCAGCAAAACAGCCAUGUAGAGACACUGGCAGAGACAGCCCUGAAUUACCCCAGCAUUGCCUCACACAAUUCAGUGUACACUGACAUGAGGAGUCAGCAUGUGAUGACGCACAAUUUGUCCUUUGGUGAUGCUCACACUGGCAUGGUUCCCUUCAGCUCACCACAGACGUGGGAGAACUUCAACAUGCCCAACCAAGCCUUACUGGCACCACACCUUUCCAGCCAGUCUAAUUUAAGCUUUCACGGCAGCAAUCAGCCAGAUUCUCACCCUGGUUUUGUGGUCGUGUCCAUCUUACCCUGCCAAAAUGGAGAGACUCAGUACACCACACAGGGCAUAGAGCAGCAGUCAGCUCACCCUGUGGCUCAAGCUUCUGAUGAGUUUGACUUGUUGGAAAACCCUCAACACUCAUGGUCAAAUGUGCAGGCAGUAAGGCCCAACACAGUUCUACAGCCACAGAUUAGUUCUCAUGAUGUGGCUAGUAAUAAAUUGACAUCUCAAUUAAAUUCUCUUGUGGGUAGUAAUAAAUUGACACCUCAAUUAAAUUCUCAGGAUGUGGGUAGAAAUGAAAUGAUUUCUCCUAAAAAUAACUGCAACACUGAAAAAAAUACCACACGUAAGAAAAGAAAGACGCCCAAAGAGCUGAAUGUGAGGCACGCGACAAAACGCUGGAUGGACAAGAGAACUAAAGUAGAGGCUGAAACACAGAACAUGGCGUCUGAAGUUGUCCACAGCAUCCUGCUGGCUGACGAGGCAGAGAAACUCAAAGUGAAGCUCCUCUCUUUUCUCUCAGACCUUGAAUCCAAGCUGACCUCCGACCCUAAAGUGUUUGUCCCAGCUGUUCGCAGCUUCCUGCUCGCAGCCGACCUGGCUCAAGAUGACCGUCAGCUGGCGACAUUUUUAAAAGAUUUCAACAAGACGGAAGAAAGCGUGUUGAAAAAAUUUCUUGACCAGAAGCGACAGGCUAGUGAGAGCAGAGGUUCUCAAACCUUAGUGACAGGACCGGUGGUCAGGUGGGGUAAGUCCAGAACCAAAUCCUGUGAUAAAGUUUCACUUACAAGGAAAAAUGUUUAUAAAUCUACGCAUGGACAGCCCAGACCAAGAGUUACAAAAACUCAGAAGGGCAGAGAGAAACCUGUCUGUUCACCCCACUCAUUAGAUUUGGUCACAGACUGCGUCUCAUUAUCAGAUGGACAGACAUGCUGUCAUGAAUCAAGAGACAGACCGACAUGUCAUUUAUCAAGAGACAGACAGACAUGCUGUCAUCUAUUAAGAGACAGACAGACAUGUCAUACAUCAAGAGACAGACAAAUGUGCUGUCAUGUACCAGCAGAAAGACAAAUAUGCUGUCAUGUAUCAAGAGACAGACAAACAUGCUGUCAUUAAUUAAAAAACAGACUAACUUCCAAGCAGUCUCCAUCAACUGCUCAGCAAAAAGUUUGAAAGAAAAUCUCUUGCGGGAAAAUACACCAAAAUUCUUCUAAUAUCAGAUUGAAUGUUUUAAAAAUUUGGACAUUUCACUCCAAGAUAAAAGUGUACUUGUAAAGAUUGUAAUAACAUACCCUGCUGGAAUAGUCAGAAGCUCACAAGUAUUAGCUUCAUUCUUGAGUGGUAUUAGAAGCAGAUCUAUUGUGAAUUCUUGCUGGACUGUUUUAAUUUUUAUCAUACUCAAAUGAUACAUUUAAGCAAUGUCAUUUUUAAAAAUAUAAAAAACUCUACUCAGGGAAAUGUUUUUCUUAUAUUUGCUGAAGAAGAACAAAGGUAAUAGUUUUGUUAUUACUGAUUGUAGUUUUUCUAAAUGAAAAGCAAUUUUGUUGGUUUAUACAUUAUUUUGAUGAUUUUUUAUUUAAGUUGUACUUGGAGCUAAGCUUGUAUUUCAGCAGUAUUUUGUAAUUUCUCUCUUCCAUUGGUUAGUCUAAAAAUGCUCAGAAUUCGAUUCUCUUCAAGACACAAAGAGAUCUUGAAUGUUUUUAGCCUCAAAUGGUUUCAUAUUUUACGCUAGGGUUACUUUUCAAUAAGCUAUUUUCUGUGAUGUAUUUUUGUUUAAAUAUUUAAUAAGUGUUAAUUAGUUUCAAUUUGCAACAGUCUAGUAUAUUUAAUUUUAAAAAAAAA